AUGACAACAAUAAAUGAUUUUGAUAAUAAUCCUCAAGGUGAAAAUCCUUUUGGACAACAUAGUUGGUAUACAUUAAAAAAAAUAUAUCAAUUGUUAGAUGAUUUUUCUAACCAAAACACAAUUUCUUCAAAUAACUUAUUUUACUUUAAAUGUCAAUGGCAUAGUUGUGCUUAUCAAUGUUAUACUGAAAAUGAAAUAUUAUUUCAUGUUCAUGAACAUUGUAAAGCUAUUGAAAGUCAUAUAUCAUGUUUAUCAAUAAUUGUUUGCCAAAUUUAUGGGUGCCGUGUACAGUUAAAAUCUGUUCAUGAAUUUAAAUUACAUAUCUCUUAUCAUUUAUAUUUACUUAAACUUCAAUAUAUGGGUUAUAAAUAUUUAGCAGAAAAAGUUAAAUGGGAUUUUUUUGAUGGAUGUGGUUUUGCUAAACAACCAUCAGAAGUAUCUGAUGAAUGUCCUUUAAUAUGCCGUUGGAGAGGAUGUAAAGAAACAUUUUAUAGUGUUAUUGAAUUUUAUACACAUGUUGAUAAGCAUGUUAAUUCAUAUCCAAGAAAAAGAAAAAAUGAUAAUAUUACUUAUCAAUGUCAAUGGAAUGAUUGUAUUGAGAUUUAUGAUGAAAAAUUUAAUUUUGGUAAACAUGUCAAUACUCAUACAUUAUUAAAAAAAUGUGCAUGUCCUUAUUGUGGAGAAAGAUUUUUAGAAUCAACAAGACUUCGUGAUCAUAUGAAUAGAAAAGUUAAAAAUGAAAAUGAUGCAAAAUAUACAUGUGAUUAUUGUUGUAAAAAAUUUAAAGAUAAACAAAUUUUAGAAAGUCAUAGUAAAAGACACUAUAAAGAUUAUGAAUGUUUAAUUUGUCAUGCUAAAAUGAGUUGUCCAAGUACAUUAGCUAGGCAUGUAAGUAAUGUUCAUGGAGAUGGUGAAGAAUAUAAAUGUAGAAGAUGUAACAAAAAAUAUUAUACAAAAACAUCAUUAAAAGGUCAUGAAGAGUUAUGUUUAUCAGGUGAAAAAGAAAUAAAAUGUUCUGAAUGUUCAGCUAAAUUUGAAUAUUUACCAUCAUUAAAAAGGCAUUUUACCUCAGCUCAUCAGAAACCAUUUACAACUGAUCUCUAUAUGUGUCAUAUAUGUGAAGUAGAAAAAGACACUAAAGAUGUUAAAACAUCAUCUAAAACAAUUAAAAAAAAUGGUGUAUUUUUAUUUUCAAAUGCCUUAUCAACUCAUUUAAAAGAUGUACAUAAAUUAACUGUUCCAAAAGGAUUUGUUAGAUUUAAAUAUAGAAAAUGUCCUGAUACUUUUUUUCGUCUUGAAUUAACUCCUCAUUGUAGAAGAAAUAAUUAA